CUUGGAGGCUGCCUUUAUCAAAGAUGGCGGCGGCGAAGUUGGGCUGUUGCUGGAUCCUGGCUUCAAGAAUACAGACAGGCCAGCUGGUGAGAGGCUUGUAUUGCACCAAGAAAUGGAAUGGGACUGGCCUGGGCUACCAGAAGAUUCUGCGACCAUCACCUUCGUUCUCCGUUCCCUCGAGAAGUAUGUUUAUUCAGACCCAGGACACACCAAACCCAAACAGCGUGAAGUUUAUCCCCGGCUGCCCAGUGUUGGAAUCGGGAACCAUGGAUUUCUCUGCACCUCGGAGUGCCUUCUGUUCGCCUUUAGCCAGGCAGCUGUUCAGGAUUGACGGAGUGAAAGGGGUUUUCCUUGGGCCUGACUUCAUAACCAUCACCAAGGCAGAUGAUGAGGUGGAGUGGAAGCUGCUCAAGCCAGACGUGUACGCCACCAUUAUGGAUUUCUUUGCGUCUGGCCUCCCAAUACUGACGGAUGAAGCUCCACGUUCUGAUACAGCUCCUUCGGAAGAAGAUGAUGAAGUUGUCGCCAUAAUCAAGGAGUUGUUGGACACCAGAAUUCGGCCCACAGUGCAAGAGGACGGAGGUGAUGUGAUCUACAAAGGGUUUGAAGAUGGGAUUGUGAAAUUGAUGCUGCAGGGUUCAUGCACGAGCUGCCCCAGCUCUAUCGUCACUUUGAAGAGUGGAAUUCAAAACAUGCUGCAGUUCUACAUCCCAGAGGUGGAAGGCGUUGUACAGGUGACAGAUGAGGAACAAGAAGCCGAUGUCCCAUGAAUGGUUUCUGGCCACAUCAGCAACCAGAUGGGUACUGCAACCAUCAUGCUCUGACCAUGAUCCUGCCUAUUGGGUAACUCCUUGUGCACCUUAACAAUUAUUGACACCUAUACUGGCUGCAAUAUGUUGUAUAAUAAAACUGUCGUAAUAUAUUUUGCAAUAAAGAAUUUAAGCUUCA